AUGAAGGGGAGGUUUCGGCAUUUUUUUAUCGGCGCGAAGAACCGCCAUUACCAAAGCGAAACGAAAAAUGUCGCGCCGCCGCGCGCGUUGACGAGAGAUGGAGUGUACGAGGAGGAAGAGGAGGAGGACGACGAAAGCUUUUACGUUGGGGACGUCGAGUGCAUCGUGGACGUGUCGUUCGUGUCGGAUGCGGACGGUAACCCGGGCGACGUAAAAUUGAUGGCGGAGAAGGCGCGAAUGGACGAGGGGAAGUUGGAAAAGAUGAGGGAGAGAUUCGAGAAAGAUGCGAGGGCUAUUUUGAAACUCUUUGUCGAUGCGAGCGGUGGUGAAAGUGAUAGUAGUGGUAACUUUAACGUGUACGACCGAUUGAGAGAAAAUUUAGGGGACGAUUUUCCGGAACAACUUUCACACGCGGAACUCUCGGUUGCGUUGUGCGACGACGCAUACAUUCAAGCGCUGAAUAAAGAGUGGAGAUCAAAAGAUGCGCCUACAGAUGUUUUGAGCUUCCCGAGUGGUGGAGAAGAGGAAGGAAUUACCGCGUUCGGUCCAAUUUGUGUACUCGGGGAUAUCAUUAUUUCCGUGGAAACUGCGCGAGCGCAAGCCGAAGAGGUUGGACAUUCCUUGGAGGACGAGUUGAGAGUGUUGCUUGCGCACGGGUUCGCGCAUUUGCUUGGGUUUGAUCACGAGCUAGGGGAGGAAGAAGAGAAGGACAUGCAAGAGCUCGAACGAGAAAUCAUGGUGGCCUUAGGGUGGGAUUAUAUCAAAGAUGGCGGUUUAAUCGACCGAGUUUCAUCCUCUUCUUCCGCCUCUUCUUCUUCGUCAGAGGCGAGCAAAAAAGUUCUCGUGGUGGAUUUGGACGGCACGUUAUUGAACGAAAGUUCGCGCGUUUCAGAUCGAGUUGCAAAGGCUCUUCUCGAAGCAUCCAAAGACGACUCGACGUUGAUUGUUAUAGCCACCGGUAAAGCGCGUCCAGCGGCGAAAGCGGCGCUGGCGACAAACCCGCUUUUGAAAGAUUCGCGCAUAGUUUCCGAGUCGUCGCCCGGGAUUUUUCUCAACGGUGGUGCAUCCUACGGUGAAAACGGCGUUCCGCUCAUAGACGACGCGUUACCCGUAGAGUGCGUGCGAAAAGCUUUCGAGCAAAAAUACGACGAAGAGUUUGCGUUGACCGCGUUCACGAGCGACGAUCGGUGCUUAGCGUUGCGAUCGUCUCCGUUUCUGGACGAACUUCACGAACGAUACCACGAACCUAAAUGCGAAAUAUUGGCGACCGUGGACGACAUCAUCGCCCAAAGUCGAGGCCAAGUGAAGAAAAUGCUCCUCAUUGGUCCGAAUAAAGAUGCCGUCGACGAUUAUUCAUCCGAAUUUUCCAAAUUAUUUAUCGACGCCGGCGACGGCGCUUUGGUCACUCGAGCGGUAGCCACGAUGCUCGAAGUUGUCCCAAAAAAUGUCGACAAAUCUCGAGCACUCUCCGCUUUGCUCGAUAGUCUAGUCUUAGCAAACGAGAGUAGCGAUAGAAACUAUCGUCUCGUCGUCGUCGGCGACGGCGAUAACGACGCCGGAAUGAUUGAAUUCGCCGCUUCGAUGAAUACGGACGGAAUCGAAGGCUUUGGCGUUGCCAUGGGUAACGCGAGCUUCUCGUCUAGGAACGCGGCAUCUGUCGUUCUGGACGAAACGAACGCGGACGACGGCGUCGCCGUCGCCAUCGAGCGGUUCAUUUUGUAA